CAAAGGGGUGGGCCGGGCUGAGCCGGCCGAGGCGGGGCCGCGCAGGCGCCUUGAAGCCUCCGCUCGCGGCGCGCGGUCUCCCUCCCUGCCCGCUCGCCUUCUCCUGUCCGCGGCGCCAUUGCGAAGGUGUGCGUGCCCCGCGCGGCUCCCCGCCGAGUCUGCCCGCCGCGCCCCGCGCCCCCGAGACCAUGGCCACCGACUCGUGGGCCCUGGCUGUGGACGAGCAGGAGGCGGCGGCCGAGUCGUUAAGCAACUUGCAUCUCAAGGAAGAGAAAAUCAAGCCAGAUGCCAACGAUAUUGUCAAAGCUGAUGAGAAUGCAGGGAAGACCGAUGAAGAAGAGAAAGCCGGUGUCCUCCCACUUGUAGAAGACCGAGCCGCUCAAUCUUUGCUAAACAAGCUGAUUAGAAGCAACCUUGUGGACAACACCAAUCAAGUGGAGGUUCUUCAGCGGGAUCCGAAUUCGCCCCUCUAUUCAGUGAAAUCUUUUGAAGAGCUUCGGCUGAAACCACAGCUUCUGCAAGGUGUCUAUGCUAUGGGCUUUAACCGGCCAUCUAAGAUACAAGAGAAUGCACUACCCAUGAUGCUGGCUGAACCCCCCCAGAACCUCAUCGCCCAGUCUCAGUCUGGUACUGGUAAAACAGCUGCCUUCGUCCUGGCUAUGCUCAGCCAAGUGGAACCAUUGAACAAAUACCCCCAGUGUUUAUGCCUCUCACCGACAUAUGAGCUCGCACUUCAGACAGGAAAGGUGAUUGAACAGAUGGGCAAAUUUUAUCCGGAACUUAAGCUGGCUUAUGCUGUUCGAGGCAACAAAUUGGAAAGAGGCCAGAAGAUCAGUGAACAGAUUGUGAUUGGUACUCCUGGCACUGUCCUGGAUUGGUGCUCCAAGCUGAAAUUCAUCGAUCCCAAGAAGAUCAAAGUGUUUGUUCUUGAUGAAGCUGAUGUAAUGAUAGCCACCCAAGGCCAUCAGGAUCAGAGUAUACGAAUCCAGAGGAUGCUCCCUAAGGAUUGUCAAAUGCUGCUUUUCUCUGCCACUUUUGAGGAGUCUGUGUGGAAAUUUGCACGAAAAGUUGUCCCAGACCCAAAUAUCAUCAAACUGAAACGAGAAGAAGAGACAUUGGACACCAUUAAACAGUAUUAUGUGAUGUGCAAUAACCGGGAUGAGAAAUUCCAGGCGCUUUGUAAUCUCUAUGGGGCCAUCACCAUUGCGCAAGCCAUGAUCUUCUGUCAUACCCGCAAAACAGCUGGUUGGCUGGCAGCUGAACUGUCCAAAGAAGGCCACCAGGUGGCCCUCCUGAGUGGUGAAAUGAUGGUGGAACAGAGAGCUGCAGUGAUUGAGCGUUUCCGAGAGGGCAAGGAAAAAGUGUUGGUGACCACCAACGUGUGUGCUCGAGGUAUCGAUGUUGAACAGGUGUCUGUGGUUAUCAACUUUGACCUGCCUGUGGACAAGGAUGGGAAUCCAGACAACGAGACAUACCUUCAUCGGAUCGGGCGUACGGGGCGCUUUGGCAAGCGGGGCCUGGCCGUGAACAUGGUGGACAGCAAGCACAGCAUGAACAUUCUCAACAGAAUCCAAGAGCAUUUCAAUAAGAAGAUUGACAGAUUGGACACGGAUGAUUUGGAUGAGAUUGAGAAAAUAGCCAACUGAAAAGCAUUGGUUCGAGUUGACCUACGCCCUCUGGAUGUGCAUCAUCAGUUCCAUUUGGAUUGUUUUUUUUUUUUUUUGAAAUUGGCACAACCCUUGGCCAGUCACCAAAAAAAGGACUAAGGCGGGAAUGCAUAGAAAUUACCUACCUCAUUUCAAAUUAUGUUUGGAUUUAACAACAACAAAAAAAUAAUUGUACAAAUAAUGGGGGGAGGUAGAAAAAUCUUUACAUGAGCUUUUAUGAUUAGGUGUAAAUGGACGGAAAUUAACUUUUGAACAAAUCUCUUUGCAACACAAGCAAGA